AUGAGAAGAAAGAAAACACUCCAAAAUGCUGGAGCUCAGGCUGGUUCAAGGUUCGCUUCUAAAGAAAGUAUUGGAUGAGAUUAAGGGCUUGGUCAACAAUGCGAACUUCGACUGUUCGACGACCGGAUUCUUGUUGCAGGCGAUGGAUUCGAGGCACGUGGCGUUGGUGGCUCUGUUGCUCAGAUCGGAAGGGUUCGAGCACUAUCGCUGCGAUAGGAACCUAUCAAUGGGGAUGAAUCUCGGUAACAUGUCCAAGAUGCUAAAAUGUGCCGCUAAUGAUGACGGUAGCGAUACUGUUGCUUUCAUAUUCAAGAACCCAAAACAAGAUAAGAUAGCAGACUUUGAGAUGAAGCUAAUGGAUAUUGAUAGCGAGCACCUUGGAAUUCCAGAUGCUGAGUACCAAGCUAUUGUUAGGAUGCCUUCUUGUGCACCGAAUGUAACUGCCCAGAAAUUAUUCAAUGGAAAGCCUGUUAGAGUUACAACCGAGAAACUGCCCGAAAGUUCCUUGCGGCCAAGUUGUUGA